ACGAAGACGUAAUGGAGAGACCGCUGGUGUUCGUGCAAUGGUCAUCCUUUUAAUAAUUUUUUGAUAAUUUCCACAGCCGGGAGUUAAUAUGAAGGCGGGGGCGUCCUCUGUGUGGGCAUCAUGCUGUGGGCUGCUCAGCGAGGUGAUGGGCACGGGACCGGUGCGCAGCCAGCAGCCGGGCUUUGGGACAGGAGCUGGGCCCUUUCGCUUCGCCCCCAGCUCGGGAUACUCCACCUACCCUCCCACCUACCCCCCCACCAGCUUAGGGACCACCGGCCUCGUGUGCAAGGCCUGCGGCUUGGCCUUCUCCGUCUUCAGGAGGAAGUAUGUCUGCUCUGACUGUAAGCGGAGUUUCUGCUCCUUGUGCUCAGAGCUGCAGGGGAGUCUGCGCAGGUGCUCUACCUGCCAGCUGUUGUGGGGUACAGCCUUCCAGCGACCGCAGCUGAUGCGCCUGCGCGUCAAGGACCUGCGGCAGUACCUGCAGCUGCGCAACAUCCCCACGGACACGUGCAGGGAGAAGGAGGACCUGGUGGACCUGGUGCUGUGCCACCGGGGGAACCUGGCUGACCAAAGCGACCCCAACGACCCCGACGACCCCGAUGACACAAGCAGCCUGCACUCUGGCACCUUGUUAACCCCGCCCCCGUCUGCCACACACUCCGCCUCCGAGCUGUCUGCUAUCUCCGCCUCUCAGGGAGAACCAAUCAGCAGGAGCGACAGUUCAGAGACCUCCAGUCAGGAUAAUGAAGAAUCCACGUCGCUGUCUCUGAUGAACCUGGAAACCAGCGAGAGCACCCUGGAGGAGGCCACACCCCUGGCGCGGAGACGGGCCCGCGCCUCUCUGUCAGACCUGGCCAACGCGGAUGACAUUGAGAGUCUUUCGGUGCGGCAGCUGAAGGAGAUCCUUGCCCGUAACUUUGUGAGCUACUCUGGCUGCUGUGAGAAGUGGGAGCUGGUGGAACGAGUCAACCGGCUCUACCGGGAGAAUGAGCAGAACAGGAAGUCAUUGGAAAAUGUUAGUAACAACCUUACAGCAGUGGUAGCAUAUCCCCCGCCUAUCUGCAAUGGUGGAAUUGGAGAUGGCCUUCGAGCCCAGCUGACAAAUCAAGAUGAGAACCUGUGCCGAAUCUGCAUGGACGCGGCGAUCGACUGCGUGCUGCUGGAGUGCGGUCACAUGGUCACCUGCACCAAGUGCGGGAAGCGCAUGAGCGAGUGCCCUAUCUGCAGGCAGUACGUGCUGCGGGCCGUGCACGUCUUCAAGUCCUAAUGGCCCCGCAGCCACCGAGACCUCCAACAGAGCCACCGACACCAGAGCCACCAACACUACCUACAGAGCCAUCAGCACCAGGGACCGCUGACAUCAUCAAGAGAGCCACUGACACCAGAGCCACCAACACUACCUACAGAGCCAUCAGCACCAGGGACCGCUGACAUCACCAAGAGAGCCACUGACACCAGAGCCACCAACACUACCAACAGAGCCAUCAGCACCAGGGACCGCUGACAUCACCAAGAGAGCCACUGACACCAGAGCCACCAACACUACCAACAGAGCCAUCAGCACCAGGUACCACUGACAUCACCAAGAGAGCCACUGACACCAGAGCCACCAACACUACCAACAGAGCCAUCAGCACCAGGUACCACUGACAUCACCAAGAGAGCCACUGACACCAGGACCACAGACACCAGCAACAGAGCCACCCGCACCAGGACACCCCCGACACCAGAAACACCAAUACCAGGACUGUUUACAUCAGAGCCACCCAUAACAGAGGAAUUGACAUGGGAGGCAUUGACACAAAUUUGACAUGGAACUACUGACUUGAGCCACUGGAACCAGAACCACUGACACGUAACACCACAAACACAUUCAUCAGAACCACUGGCUUAGAAUCACCGACAUUAGGGCCACUGACAAAAGAGAGACUGAGUUGUGAGUACUGCCAAUGUGGAUGUGCAGAUCUAAUCAUGAGGCAAAAGAAUGUGAAGGGAUAGUUCUUACCUCCAUCCCUAUCCCCAUCCCUGUCGUAAUCAUCUCCACCUCCACCUCUGCCCCUGUCCCUGCCCUCACCCCCCACCCUCCUCACCCCAACCUUACCUCUUGAAUUUCCAUAUGUAGCAUUA